CAAAUUAUGGCCUUGGGGUCAAAAUUGGCCCCGCCCCGGGGGGUCAUGGGUAUUCUCUAUAUGUUUAUAGUUAAAACUUAAAAAAUCUUCUCCUCUGAACUUACUUGGCCUAGAGCUUAGAUAUUUGGCAUGAUUCAUCGUCUAGUUGACCUCUACAAAUUUUGUUCAAAUUAUGGCCCAUGGGUCAAAAUUGGCCCCACCCCGGGGGGGUCAUGGGUUUUCUCUAUAUGUUUAUAGUGAAAACUUAAAAAAUCUUCUCCUUUGAACUUACUUGGCCUAGAGCUUAGAUAUUUGGCAUGAUUCAUCGUCUAGUGGACCUCUACAAAGUUUGUUCAAAUUAUGGCCCUGGGGUCAAAAUUGGCCCCGCCCCGGGGGGUCAUGGGUUUUCUCUAUAUGUUUAUAGUUAAAACUUAAAAAAUCUUCUCCUCUGAACUUACUUGGCCUAGAGCUUAGAUAUUUGGCAUGGUUCAUCGUCUAGUGGACCUCUACAAUUGUGUUCAAAUUAUGGCCCUGGGGUCAAAAUUGGCCCCGCCCCCUUGGGGGGUCAUGGGUAUUCUCUAUAUGUUUAUAGUUAAAACUUAAAAAAUCUUCUCCUCUUAACUUACUUGGACUAGAGCUUAGAUAUUUGGCAUGAUUCAUUGUCUAGUGGACCUUUACAAAGAUUGUUCAAAUAAUGGCCUUGGGGUCAAAAUUGGCCCCGCCCCGGGGGGUUAGGGUAUUCUCUAUAUGUUUAUAGUGAAAACCUAAAAAAUCUUCUCCUUUGAAUUUACUUGGACUAGAGCUUAGAUAUUUGGCAUGAUUCAUCGUCUAGUGGACCUCUACAAAGAUUGUUCAAAUUAUGGCCUUGGGGUCAAAAUUGGCCCCGCCCCCUUGGGGGGUCAUGGGUAUACUUGAUAUGUUUAUAGUAAAAACUUAAAAAAUCUUCUCCUCUUAACUUACUUGGACUAGAGCUUAGAUAUUUGGCAUGAUUCAUCGUCUAGUGGACCUUUACAAAGAUUGUUCAAAUUAUGGCCUUGGGGUCAAAAUUGGCCCCGCCCCGGGGGGUUAGGGUAUUCUCUAUAUGUUUAUAGUGAAAACUUAAAAAAUCUUCUCCUUUGAAUUUACUUGGACUAGAGCUUAGAUAUUUGGCAUGAUUCAUCGUCUAGUGGACCUCUACAAAGAUUGUUCAAAUUAUGGCCUUGGGGUCAAAAUUGGCCCCGCCCCCUUGGGGGGUCAUGGGUUUUCUCUAUAUGUUUAUAGUGAAAACUUAAAAAAUCUUCUCCUCUGAACUUACGUGGCUUAGAGCUUAGAUAUUUGGCAUGAUUCAUCGUCUAGUGGACCUCUACAAAAUUUGUUCAAAUUAUGGCCCUGGGGUCAAAAUUGGCCACACCCCGGGGCUGAUGGGUUUUCUCUAUGUGUGUUAUAGUGAAAAAAUCUUCUCCGAACUCACAAAGACAAGUAACGUCUUAAUUUAAACUGGAUAACAUAUUUAGUACACAUACCAAUUUUCAAUAUGGGCCACAUACAACAAUUAAUAACAAAUGUACAUAUAUAGAUACACACGUAAAAUCAAGUAGUGACAAGAGCUUAGAUAUUUGGCAUGAUAUAUCAUCUAGUUGACUUGUACCAAUAUUGUUCAAUCUUUGGCCCUGGGGUCAAAAAAUGGCCCCACCCCGGCGGUCAUGGGUUUCCUUAUAUAUGUAUAUGAUGAAAACUGAAAAAAAUCUUCUUCUCCGAAACUAAAAGGCGAAGGCCUUAGAUAUUUUUUAUGAAGCAUCGUUUAUUGGACCACUAUUAAGAUUGUUCAAACUUUAGCCCUGGGGUCAAAAUUGGCCACGCCCCGUGUUCAUAGGCUUAGGUUUUCAAUAUUUGUAUAUAAUAGAAGCAUAAAAAAUUCUCUCCGAAUUCACAAGGACUAGAGCUAUUUGGCAUAAUACAUCAUUAAGUGGACCUCUACCUUUAUUGUCCAAACUUUGGCAUUGGGGUAAAAAAUGACCCAGACUUCUAAAAAACCUUUACUACUUUGAACCAUCCAGAUUUCUUAUCAAACCAAUGUGCAAUAUAUGACAGGUGAGCGAUUCAGGGCCAUUUGGCCCUCUUGUUUAAUUCAACACAGCUCAUGGAAUAAGCUGGCAAAAAAAAUGAUUGGCGAAUAUGACUUCCGCAACUUCUGCAAAUUCAAUGUUAAAGAUGGCAUUACAAACUAUGUUCGAAAAAUCAUGGAGGUUGAAGUCAAGACUCUAGAUGAGACCGAUGACGGAUUCACAAUGUGCGAACUCACGAUCGUCGGGAGGGCGUUCCUGUGGCAUCAGAUUCGCAGCAUCUUCUCUGUGCUUUUCCUUGUUGGCAAAGGGAAAGAAUCGGUUGAAAAUGCCAUGAAGGCAACCUCACCUCCCUCCAGCAGCUUUGGGCUGAGCAUUCCAUCAAAGCAACAAUGGUGAAGAGCAUGCUGGAUGAUCUCGAGAAAGCUAAAGUGGAAACAGACUUUGACAUUGCGCCCUGGUGUGAUCUGAGUCCCCCUUUACUGAUGCAGUCUAAAUGGCUCGUAGAAGACAGGAAUCCUAAGGUGCUGAUGGAGAGACAGGGAGGCUUGACCCUUGACGAGAUGAUAGCAUCACACGAGUCGAGAAAACAGCGAUGGAGAGAAAAUGCUGAAAUUGAAGCGCAGGACGAUAGCAGUGAAGAGGAGAUGACGUCACGGAAACGUCAACGGCUUGAAAUUUAUAAGCCUAGCCACAUAGAUGAUAAGCCAUUUGGAACAUUAGAUAAACCCAAAUCCGGAGAGAAUAAGGAUCCUCACAUAAUUUAUGGAGAAAACAAUAAAGAAGAUGAUGACACUGUAAGGGACAUUGAUGGAGAAACUACUAGUAUGAAGGCUGAUAAAGAUAUAUGCGAUUCUAAAACCUCUCUUAAAGAUAAUUGGGAGGAAAACUUGGAGACAUCAGAGAAUGGUAUGAAAGGAGGAGAGAAAGUGGGAAGAAGUACACAAGAAGAGAUUGGGGAAAGCUCAGUUAUAAGUCAAACUGGGGAAUGAGUUAUUUCCUUUGAUAAUUGUCAUGUGAAAUUUAUUUGCAAGGAUUAAUGCUAUUGAGAAUUUUGAAACAUGGAUAUAAUGGAAUCACGUUGAAAUACAAACUGAUUGAGAAAAGUUAUUUUAUUUUUAAAUUUACUGUACAUCAGGGAACGAUACUGACCAAUUUGACAGAGAAUAUCUCACGACAAACACAGAGGUUAAUAAUGACACACAUUACUCGAUGAUUUAUACUGCAAUAAGACAUGGACUCAAGCUGCUCAAGGUAAAGGAAAGGCCACCACGACUUACACGUACAGUAACAUGCCCUAGAGUAGGAUUUUUACACUUUGGGCUACUUGAAUAUUGAGGUUUGUGGAGCGAACAACUCCCACAGUUUUAGAGGUAUUUCUCUGGCCCAAAUUUCUGGAAACUUCAUAAGUCCCUUUAAACAGGAUUAAGUUAAGCUGACUAUUUGUUGUUUUUUAAUAAUUUGCGAAAUAUUUUCUUGUUUUUUAUACUUUAGACAGGAAUUAUCUUUAUGAUAGCAUGGACCCGUAGUAGGUACGUGAUGAUAAUAUUAAUGUUCAAAACAUAAACUCAUGUGCCACCCCUGUCAAAGAUUCAGACCUAUACCAUGUUUGAGAGUUACAUUAACUCCCAUAUUGGAAUAGAAACAGUAGGCGGGGCUAAACAGUUCAGUAUCUAAUAUAUGGAUAAAUAACAAUGAUAUUCACUUAUGUAGUAUCUUAGUUAUUGAAUGUUGCCUUGACAACAUGGUACCCACUUACCUCGUAUUUUGAGUAUUAUUGAAAUUAUUUCAAUAGUAAUACACAGUUGUGGAUGCCAGAACUAUAACUUAAUAUAGUUUUACAUAACAUAGGAACCUUUUACACAUGUAUACAGGCUGAACAUUACUUUCUCAUUAAACAAAAGUGUGAAGUUCAUUUAUCUCUGUUUAAUUACAGAGUGAUAUUGUUAUUUAGGUAUCGUUAUUUAGUGUGUUGUGAGAGUCAUGUAUGAUGUCUGAUCUGAGACCUUACUCCGAUCCUUUCUAUGAAAUGGUGUUCUAUCUUGGUAUAUAGAGAAUUUUACUAUCAAGAUAUUUUUGAAAUAGUCAUUUUUCCAAGAGCUAUUCUGUAUAUCUUGUUGAGAGAAUUUAUCUCUCAAGAUAUUACUUUCAAAAUAGUAAGAGCUAUCUGCACUUCAGUUUAAGCUUUAUUAAGGAGUCUAAUACCGUUGAUGCACGUUCUUUUGUCAUAAAGUAAUUGAUAAAGUAUGUCAAUGGAAGAAAACAAGUAAAAUAAAUUACAUUUUUAAGCUUUCACUGUGUAGAAAAAUGGACGAAUGCAAAUCAAAAAGUUCUAUUUGAAUUACUUACCAACGGUUUAGUUUUUAAUUUUUAAAUGUUUUUUUUUAGUUCUUAAUAUGACAGAUGACAUAGAUUGUAUUAAUAUACAUGGAAUAAAUUGUGUCAGUUUCAGUUUUUCACUACAUACUUGACAAAGUAUUUAGAUUUUACCCACUUUUUAUCACUGUUUUUCGCUUGUGUAUUUAUCUAUCUUAGUAUAUUAUAUACAGUAAAAACGGUGAAGCUGUACAUUAUAUUACAUUUUAAUGUUUGAGUGUAUUAUCGUCUUGCUUGGUCAAAGGGUACAUCUGAAUGUAGAUAUUUUGUGUUGUGGACGUGUUGCUAAUGUUGAAUGUUGCCAUGGAGGUCUUCGUCAUUCCAAAUAUACAUUUUCAGAUCACGUAGUAUUAACAUGUUAUGUAUAAUUAAUUAAGGUACUCAGCAUGACACGGUCUCGCAGUAUUCAAGUUCAGGUAAGCCAUCCAUCAGAUAAAAAGAAAUGAUAUAAAUUAGGCUCGGUAUGUAGGAAUAACUCUUUUUUAUCUUUUUAAUUUUUGAGAACCAGGUUUUUGUACCUAACUGACCUAUAUCAGGGUAUUCACUAUUGUAGAAAAUUUAAGAAAAACAUUAUCCAAAUUUUAAGAUAUUGACUCAGAAAAUGCACAUUAUAAGGAAUUUACCAAAAAAAAACAUUAUCGUCAAAUAAAUGUAGACUUGGGAGGAAGAUAUAGGGAUGGUUGCGUUUGUGGAAACAAACAUUAUUAGAAUAAAUUAAGCCUCAAAAGGAAGACUUGUUUAUAAAUUAACAUCGAGAUAACUUCUUUUGAAAUUUAUAUUGAUGAACCAUUAUAUUAUUUUUGAUGGAUUGCAUUUUUGAAUAUCACCAUAAUAAUGCUAAAUGAUAAAGUAUAAUAAAAGGAGAUAUCAUAGGAAAACAUUAAAAUGAGACAACAAAGCAAUUUUAUUAAUUAGUUUCUGAAAUAUUAUAAUGUUUACACAAAUGUUUAUACAAAAAGUUUUCGAUGAAAACAUAAAAUUUCUUUAACUUAACAUUUUGUAAGUUUAAACUACAUGUAACCUUUUGUUGCAUUUAUGUUGGAUGGAUUACCUUAAUGAACUUUGUAUGUAACAUCUUGUUGAUUACUGAAUCUAUAUGAUACGUUUUGAAACAGAUUAUAAGGUAACAUGUGCCAAGCAUCACAGAUAUACUUGUAUGCAUCAUACUUUUGCUUCAAGAAAUCAUUAAAUUCAAACAUUGCGGAAUGUUGUUUCAAUUUAUAAAAUUCAGCAAUUUACACUUUUCCAAAAAGUUCAACCUUAUGUCAUGGACAAAGGUUGACCGGCUUAGUGUUUGAGAUUAUAUUUUGUCUAUUUGCCAAGCCGCUGGUUAAACCUACUGAUUCACAUGAUUUAAAUCAAUAAUAAUCAAACUAAAUGUAUUGCAGAUUUUAGGAAAAAUAUCAUCCCAUUGGACAAAAUAUAAUUUCAAACACUAAUUGUUUAUUGUUACUUUAACAUCAGUUAUAAAUAGAUAUUAUAUGCUGUGCGAUGUGAAACUUACGGUAUUUACUCAAUGUGCUUUUUUUAGAGAGGUGCUUUUAUAUGAUGUUUUAGAUAUUUGUAGAAGUAUUUUAUGGAUUAAAAUUAACUCACAGAAUUGUUGUUUGAGAUUUUUCAGAAAUUACCAUAUUCAAUUAUUGGUAUUUAUAGUCUAGUCAUAUAGUUUACUGUCUGUAUUGUUUGAUUGUUGGAUAUGGUGUUAUGUACAUAUUUACAUGUUUAAAUAUUUUAAAAAAGAUUGUCAAACAGAAAAGCAAAGUUAUUUAGUAGAAAUGUUACAGUUUCAAUAAGAUGUUUAAAAUAUAAGUCUGGAGAAGUGUGUUUUUUACAGAGUUUUAAAAUUUAUCCUAGCACUGUUAACUGUAUUGAUUGAUAUUUUUAGGAUUUAAAACAUUCUGGUCCGUUUCCUUGGAUACGUCUUGUGUUUGUCAGUAACUGAUUUGAUAUUGAAUAAAACAUCAAAAUAUU